AUGUCCCAGAAGCUUCAAGUAGCAGUUGCCGGCAUUGGCCGUAUGGGCAUGCGCCAUGCCCGCCACUUCGCAACGCUCACUCCGCGCGCCGAGCUGAUUGCUGUCUGCUCGCCCGUACAGUCCGAGCUGGACGCCGCAAAGGCCGAGUUUGGCGUCCGCACGUACAAAGACUACGAGACCAUGUUGCGCGAGGAGGAGACCUUGCAAGCCGUCGUCGUGGCCAGCGCCACCACCGUGCACGCCGAGCAGGCUAUCAAAGCCAUUGAGCGCGGCCUGCAUGUCCUCUGCGAGAAGCCCAUCUCGACCAGCCCUGAAAUCUCCCAAUCCGUCGUCGACGCCUACAAAACCUCUAUAAAAGCCCACCCCUCGCAAAAAGUGAUCUGCGGCUUCAGCCGGCGCUUCGACGCCUCGUACCGCGACGCACACGCGCGCAUGGCCGCAGGCUCCAUCGGCACACCAUCCGUCUUCCGAUCGCAGACAUGCGACAAGCUCGACCCCAGCGGGUUCUUUGUGGCGUACGCGGAGUUCUCGGGUGGGAUUUUCGUCGACUGCAGUAUCCACGACAUCGAUCUUGCGCUGUGGUUCUUCGGCGAGGAGAGUAGGGUUAAAAGCGUGGCUGCGGUGGGGAUUACGGCCGUGCAGCCGGAUUUGAGGAAGCAUAAUGAUCGGGAUAAUGCAUUGGGGAUUAUUGAGUUCUAUGGCGGCAAAAUCGCCCAACUCUACUGCUCCCGCAUGAUGGCCGCCGGCCAAGAAGACUGCACCGAGAUCUUUGGCACCAAUGGCAAAAUCGCCAUCAACACCCAGCCGCUGCUGAACCUGGUUAACCUGUACGAGUCGACGGGCAUCCGGCGCGAGAUCCCCGCCGACUACUACGGGCGGUUCCGGGAGGCGUUCAUCACGGAGGCGAACGAGUUUACGGCGUCGUGUCUGGAUGACACUAAGCCGCCUUUGCGGCUAGAGGCGGCUGUCAAGGCUGUCACUAUUGGGUGUGCGUUGCAGGAGUCGCUGAUUACGGGACAGAAGAUUGAGUUCGAGGAGGAUGGGAAGAGGGUGGAGGCUGCGCGGUUGUGA